UUAGGCAUACAGCCAUAAACUCCAAACUUGCUUGCGAUCGCUAGCAAACCUCGUUUCUAUUCGAACUCAAACUCAGUUCAACUGUAGUGUUUGAUAAAAAUGUAUCAGUUAAACCUUGUUUAGGGAGAACUUUAAGUAACCUGUUGUUGCUGGAUUUCACUAGCUGUAAGUAGAUAAUUUCUUAUGAACUCGAGUCUCACCUUCUUUAAUGUUAUUGUAAUUUAGGUUGGGGGUGUUCAGAUCAACCGAUAGUAGAAACCUCAGUCCCCAUAAAUGCGUAUUGAUAAAUCAUUGAAAUCUCUCUGUAGUUUUUUUAAGAAUGGCUAAGACAGACAUCCACUAUCCUACGCCUAAUUAUAUAUGCACCUUUUGUUUCCGGCAAGAUUAGAACAUGAUACUGCUAGGCUAUAAUUAAGCCCUUGGUUAGGUUAGUUAACACUUUUUCUUUGAAAUAUCUUGCUCACAUUAUUUUAUUUUAAAGUAUAUAUAGUAUAUGGAAUUUAUGUCUUCUCUUGGAGUCAAAUUGUCAAUGCUCCCUUUUCCCAGAAAAUGCAUGGAGUAAAUGUUCUUACCCCUUUUGCUACUAUGUACCUCCCUUUGUCCUUGCAACCAGUUGUCUUUUUAAUUAGGAGAUAAAAUAUACAGACAUCUCCCCCAAACUACUCCUUUCAAUUUAGUAUCUCUAAUAGAGAAAAAUCAACAACAAUCACCAUUUUGAAGACUCUCUUGAAGUGAAGUUAAUGAUUUUAGUUUGUUUAUUUGCAUAUGUGGAUGUUUUUAAUAGGUAUUAGUUGUUAAGUUGUGUUCAAAAGCUAGCAUGCUGGUUACUUCAGUUUCUAUAUAUUUUUUAUUUCUUUGUCUUGUUGAGUAGUUCAUGAGGAAUCUACCCUUUUAGCUUGAAAUAAAUGGAUCACCGGACCUUCCCUCUGAUCCUACAUUGGUUUAUUUUGGGGUUCUUUAAUCUGUUAAGGGUUUAUGGGAAUGCUGAAGUUGAUGCAUUGAAUGCCCUAAAGACACAAUUACAGGAUCCUAAUAAUGUUUUGCAAAGUUGGAAUAUAACCCAAGUCAAUCCAUGCCGGUGGUCUCAUAUUACUUGUAACAAUGAGAAUCGCGUUGCUCGGAUUGAUCUUGGAAGCACAGGCUUGUCUGGUCAACUGGUUCCACAGCUUGGUCAACUUCCGAACUUACAACACUUGGAGCUUUAUGAUAAUAACAUCACUGGAAGUAUUCCUUAUCAGAUUGGGAACUUAACGUAUUUGUUGAGCUUGGAUCUUUACAUGAACCAGUUAGAUGGUGACAUUCCAGACACAUUGGGCAACCUUAAGAAACUUCAUUGUCUUCGUCUCAGUAACAACAGACUGACAGGAACUAUUCCAAAUUCGUUAACUUAUAUAGAUAAACUAGAAAUUCUUGAUCUCUCAAACAACUUCUUGACAGGAGCUGUCCCUUCCAAUGGCUCCUUUUCACGGUUCACAGAUAUCAGCUUUUUCAAUAAUACGAACUUGACACAUGAGGUUUUUCCACAAUUUUCACCUCUACCUAAUCGGCAAUCUCCUUGGGGUGGCAACAUCGACACCAGAGCUAUUGCCGAAGGAGCUGCUGUUGGUGUUUUUCUUCUUUUUAUAGGUCGAGCAAUUGCAUUUGCUUGGUGGUGGCACAGGAAACGGCAAGAUCAUUUCACUGACGUACCAGCUGAAGAGGACCCUAAAUUUCAUCUGGGACAACUAAAAAGGUUUUCUUUGCGUGAACUACAAGUUGCAACCGAUAGUUUUAGUAAGAAAAACAUUAUUGGAAGAGGUGCAUUUGGUAAAGUUUAUAAAGGAAGGUUAGUUGAUGGUACUCUGGUGGCUGUAAAAAGACUCAUAGAUCGUGUACAAAGUAGCGAAUUACAGUUUCAAAAGGAGGUUGAGUUGAUAAGCAUGGCUGUGCAUCGGAAUCUACUUCGGCUGCAAGGGUUUUGCUCGACACCAACUGAGAGGUUGCUUGUUUAUCCCUACAUGGCAAAUGGUAGUGUUGCAUCAUGUCUACAAGAUACACAAAUUGCACUUGAUUGGCAAACAAGGAAACGAAUUGCGCUGGGAUCGGCAAGGGGGCUUGCUUAUUUGCAUGAUGAUUGUAACCCUAAGAUCAUCCAUCGUGAUGUGAAAGCUGCAAAUAUAUUGGUGGAUGAGGAGUUUGAACCAGUUGUGGGAGACUUUGGGUUGGCUAAACUCAUGGAAAGCAACGAUACUCAUGUAACAACAGGCGUUCGUGGUACGAUUGGACACAUAGCACCUGAAUAUCUAGCCAGUGGGAGAGCUUCAGAAAGAACCGAUGUUUAUGGUUAUGGUGUGAUGCUUUUGGAACUCAUCACUGGGCAGCGGGCCUUUGAUCUUGCUCGCCUUGCCCAUUAUAACGAGGAGGUCAUGUUGCUUGAUUGGGUGAAAGGACUUCCUGGAGAUAUGAGGUUGGAUAUAGUUGUGGACAAGUAUUUAAUAGGUAAUUAUCUAAGAGACGAAGUGGAAGAGCUGAUACACAUAGCUCUAUCAUGCACACAAGUCAACCCAACGGAACGACCCAAGAUGUCACAAGUGGUGAAAAUGCUCGAAUGUAACGGUUUAGUGGAAAGGUGGGAUGAAUGGCAGAAAGAAGAGAUUUCAAGGCAUGAUUUUAGUCACAUACAGAUUCAUUUUAAACCGGAUUCAACUUAUAACGCUAGCAACGAUCACUUGUCUGGCCCUAGAUGAUCAAAGGGUCUUCCUAUCUGAUUUUUUAUAGGAAGAACAACUCCAACAUAUUGAUGUUUUUUCCAUUACGUCUAACCUUUUUACAGACUAUACCUUCUUUUUUUUUGAGAGACGAAAUCACAGACCUCCUAAAUCUACUCCAUGGGUUUUUAAUAUUUAUCCUUUAUUUAUA